AUGAAGACGUCAAUUGUGUUUUUGCUUUGUGUCUCAGUUUUCCCAGGCUUUUCCCAGGGUAGAGUUGUUGGAGAGGAUGAAGCUGGUUUUGCAGAGUGUAAUGUGUUCUUCCCUGGACAAGUCCCACCCGAAGGAUUCACAGAGUCCUUCCACGUGAAAAUCUGUCAGCAGUACAACAAAGAGCCGCGCUUUGCAACUCUCUACAGUACUAAGGACAAAAUCCCUCUUUAUUCAGCUUUUAAGUAUACAAAGCCGGCCCAAAAUGAGCAGGAGAACUGGCUGGUCGAACCGCAGAUAGAUGAUCCAGAAACUGACCUGCAGGAGAUGGUGCGUGAAGCCGAGAUCGCUGGCACUGUGGCGAACCUGGGUGCAAAUCAAGCCCUGACCUCAGACUAUGUGGGCUCUGGUUAUGAAAGAGGGCUGCUCAAUCCAAGCUUGCUCAAUGAGGAGGAUUUCCAGAUGGCCACUUACACACUCACCAAUGCUGUGCCUCUGAGCCCGUCUCUGAGCAAAAGCUGGCACAGACACAUUGGGAUGGUAGUGGAGCAAGCUCUGGUCCCACACUGCUCCAAGAAGGAUCAUCUGUAUCUUCUUGCAGGUGCAGUUCCUUCCAGUGUCCGAGUGAAAGGCAAGGUGUCAGUGCCAGAGACCCUCUGGCUGGCAGCCUGCUGUGAUGCUCCAGAAGGAUGGUCUCUGGGACUAGUGAAAAAAGUGAAUGAUGAAAACAGCUUGGAAGACCUCACAGUGGGACAGCUGGAGAAGCACCUUCUAGCAGGAGUUCACUUGUUCAAGGGUAGUUGUGGGGAAGACAACCAAAGCCAGGAGAAAACAGAAGCAAUACUGCAAGCUGUCAGGCAGAUUCAGUCUGGAGAGCAAGUAGGAGCAAGUGACGACCAGGAGGCCAAAGACAGUGGCUUGGUGAGAAAAGUGGCUGGCAUCAUUGCUACCCCUUUCAUCAAACUCCUGGAACUCCUCAUCUAUGUGUUUGUGGAGCUGGUGAAAUUCGUGUUUUAUUUUCUGUGGCUUGUGGUCAAGCGGGUUGUUGGUACAGUUCUGGAUGGAGUCUACAGCCUGUGGAACGGGCUGGUGUCCUACCUUAAAGCCAUCAGCAUGGUGCUCAUCAGCAUCCCCUAUGACGUAGGGAGGGUCAUCAUCAAUAUCUUCCUGGGCUUCCUGGAGCUUGUUCAAGAUGUGGCAUCCCUCACCUACAGAAUCCUACGCAUUCCCAUGGGGUUUGUCCUUCACCUUGCUGCUUUUCCUUACCACUCCAUCUGUGCCAUUCCCUCUGUCCUCAAGGACGUGGCUACCGGGAUUUGGGGCACCUUCUCGCUGGUCAUCGAUGCCACAGCUGCAGUUCUGCAUGGCUUUUAUUACUUGGCAGGUCACAUAGUCAAACGGUUUGUCCCCAAAGUCUCCUCUGAUGACUGA